AGUGUAAUCAGUACUGUAAAUCAUGCACCGGAAAUACAUCGGCAAAAGCGAGAUGCUCCCUUUACUGAUUUAGGCCCAUUGAAGGCAAAUGAGCGUAAAGAUGCUCCCAGGCCUUAGAAAGUUACAAAGAAGAAAUAAAAUCUUUGCAGAUGGAAGUGGAAAGAUUAAAGGCAGAGAAAACAAAUAUUUCGGAUUUAGUUGAUUCCAGCUCUGGUGAGAAAGAGUCAAUACAGACAGAAGAGAAAGUCGUUGAUAUGGAUGAAAAUAGAACUCUAAUCUCUGAUCAUACUGAACCAACAUAAAUUGUAGACAGAAAUGCACUGUUAAUGCCAAUUCAAACAUUUGACAGCAGUGUUCAUAAGCCUGAAGAAAAUUUGCCAGAAUCGGUUAUGAAUCCUUCUAACAUUACUGAUGGUUUCCCAGAUGGUAGAAUCCCAUCUCAACGAGAUGAGAAACCACCAUCAGAAGAUGAUGGGUUGCAUUUAAAUUCCGAAAACCUUGGUGGUGGAGCUCUUCCUGAAAAUACGGGUUUAGCGACGAUUCAAUUCCUUGCAGAUUCCUUACCUAAGAUUGUACCAUAUGUUUUGAUCAAUCAUCGGGAGGAGCUUCUUCCGCUGAUAAUGUGUGCUACUGAGAGGAAUCCAGAUAGCAGCAUAUCGAGAUUCAUUUACACACACACUCUUCAAUUUGAUUAAACGUCCAGAUGAACAGCAGAGGCGAAUUAUAAUGGAUGCAUGUGUUAGCCUUGCUAAAAAUGUCGGUGAGAUGAGAACAGAAACAGAAUUACUCCCCCAGUGCUGGGAACAAAUAAAUCACAUGAAUGAGGAGCGCAGAUUGCUGGUUGCUCAAUCAUUUGGAGAGCAUGCUGAAUUUGUCCGACCUGAGAUUCGUGAUUCUCUUAUUUUAUCUAUUGUGCAACAACUAGUAGAAGAUCCUACAACGGUUAUUCGAGAAGCUGGUGCACACAAUCUGGUCUUGCUGCUUCCGCUCUUUCCGCAUAUGGAUAAAUAUUUCAAGGUCAGCUUCAUUAAAUAUGCUUCGAGGCAAUCAUGGAGAAGAAAUUCUGACUUCACAGAAUUGGCUGCAGUAUAAGCUCUAGAACAGGUUGAUGACCCAUGGUCUAGAGAAUGGAGCCUUUUGAGUUUUGCCCUUAGCAUAAUAUCAUAUCAUGACUUGAAAGAGAGAGUAUAAUGUAUAUAGAAAGGUUCUACAAUGCCUUAUUUGUUUAUUGAUAGGUUGAAGAGUUGAUUUUCCAGUUGGA